AAUCCAUCAAUCGUGUAAGAUGUACGGAAACAUCAGGAGCAGGCAACCUUGCUGGCUGACAGACAGUGUCAGGUGCUAAUCAGUGAUCAGCUUUCCGCCUUGCCGCCGUGCCAUGCCGUCCGUCGAUCGCGCUGUGCUAAUCGCUGUCGUCGUGCAUCGCGUGUAGCAGCAGCCCUAGUUUCCUUCCUCUUCACCAUCCCGCUCUCGUUCUCUCCGCCUUCCUAUCACUCUGCCUGUCGCCCAGCCUGUCGUUCUGCCUGUCGCCCAGCCUGUCGCCCAGCCUGUCGUUCUGCCUGUCGCCCAGCCUGUCGCCCAGCCUGUCGUUCUGCCUGUCGCCCAGCCUGUCGCCCAGCCUGUCGCCCAGCCUGUUGUUCUGCCUGUCGCCCAGCCUGUCGUUCUGCCUGCCGCUCUGCUGCCUGUCGCCCAGCCUGUCGCCCAACCUGUCGCCCAGCCUGUCGUUCUGCCUGCCGCUCUGCUGCCUGUCGCCCAGCCUGUCGCCCAGCCUGUCGCCCAGCCUGUCGCUCUGCUGCCCCGUCGCCCAGCCUGUCCCAGAACCUGUCGGUGCACGCCCAUUUUGCCACCACUGCGGGUGCUGCGCGUUGGCGUCGCACUGCACCCCGAGUGGGCCCGCAGCUGCAGCUCAAGGCGGACCCGGAGGUCCACGCGCUCGCGGGGCUCCACUCAACCGUCCAUCGCCGUAGGGGUGGGGUGCCACGGCUGGGUGCAGCUGACGGCUUGCAGUCCGUCAGUGGGCGGCGGCGAAUCCCCCGCAUGGCCUCAAGCGGAGGUCGCUCAGGCCCCGCUCAUACCGCCUCCACUCCUCCCCGCCCUUCCCCUCCUCGCGCCUCUCCGCUCCCCCCAUCCCCUCCGCGCUACACCCCCGCCUCCGCGCAACCCGCGUUCGAGUCGUCGCACAAGCCAUCCCCGCCUCGUUUCCCCUCCGCCUCCGCCGAACCGGUUAAUCCGCCUCUGCUGUCCACAUUCCGCGUCAGCAGCGCCUGCUGUAACAGUAACGCUAACGCCAACGGUAACGGUAACGGUGGCGGUUACAGUUACAGCAGCAGAAGCGGGUCCGCCAGCCCGUGCCAUCCCAGCAUGCGACCAUCGUCCUCCCCUCACUCCUCCCCCUGCCACCCCGCGUCUGCCCUCUCGAUGGCGCGCGUGGUCAGGAGCAGCAACGCCGAGGAGGUGAAGAGCGCGGGCAACGAGUACUACAAGGCGGGCCGCUUCUCAGACGCGCUUCAGCUCUACGACCGCGCCGUGGCUCUCGCGCCCACGCGCGCGCACUACCGCGCCAACCGCGCCGCCGCCCUCUCUGCGCUCAACCGGGUGGCGGACGCCGUCGCGGAGUGCCAGGAGGCCGUGCGGCUGGACGGCACCUACGCGCGCGGGCGGCAGCGUUUGUCCGGUCUGUACGUGCGGCUGGGGAGAUUGGAGGAUGCGCGCGCGCAGCUGGCGGGGCUGGCGGAGGGGGAGGCGGGGGAGGAGCGGGGAAGGGUGGAGCGCGUGGAGGGCAGCGUGGGGCGGUGUGAGCAGGGCGUGAAGGCGGGCGACUGGCAGGGCGCGCUGGUAGAGGCGGACGACGCGCUCAGGGGGGGAGCUGACUUUGCGCCCCAGGUGUGGCUGUGGAGGGCGCGCAGCUGCAGGCACCUCGCGCGCCUCUCAGAGGCAGAGGCCGCGCUGACGUCAGCGAGGGGUGCGCUGACAGCGCUGCGGCUGUCAGUGGCGGGCGAGGUGGGCGCGGGGAAAGCGCAGGCAGUGCGGGCGGUGGAGGGCGAGAUCGUGGAGGAGGACGUGCGCCUCGAGAUGCUGCUGGGCCGGUUCGACCCUGCGGUGGCCAAGGCACAGCAGGGCCUCAAGGCCUUCCCAGAGCACCCCGACCUGCUCGCCCUGCUGUCGCGAGCGCAGCAGCUGGCCGCCGCGCGCACGAGGGGCAACGAGCUGUUCAAGGCGGGCGACGCAGCGGGGGCCGCGGAGGCGUACUCGCGGGGGAUAGCGGCGGACGCCGGCAACCCCGUGCUGCUGUGCAACCGCGCCGCCUGCCGCAUGAAGCAGGGGCGCUGGCACGACGCGCUGCGGGACUGCGACGGUGCGCUGGCCGCCAACCCCGGGUACUGCAAGGCGCUGCUCCGGAGAGCUGCGUGCCACACGCAGCUGCAGCAGUGGGACGCGGCCCACCGGGACUACCAACACCUGCACAAGCUCAUGCCCAACGAUGCUGACGUGGCCAAAGCCCUGGCUGACGUGGCAGCUAGACUGCAGAAGGCUGGCACGCUAGGUGGCAGUGGGGCGGAUGGGAGGAGGGGUGGCAGUGCGGCAGGGGGAGCGGGGCGCAGCAGCAGCAGCAGCGGCAGUGGCAGUGUGGUGUUGGUGCAGACAGAUAGCCAGUACAGGGGAGCGGUCACCAGCAUGGGCCUGGUGGUGGUGGCCUUCUCUGCGGCGUGGUGCGGCCCGUGCCGCCAGGCAGCACCGCUGUAUGAGCGCCUCAGCACGUCCUACCCGGCCGUCAAGUUCCUCAAGGUGGACAUAGACGUGCUGCCGGAGGUGGCGGCGCGCGAGGGCGUGCAGUCGGUGCCGACGUUCAAGGUGUGGAAGCACGGGGCACGCCUCACGCACCUCGUGGGCGCGCAGAUCAGCCAGCUCGAGGCCGCCAUCCGUGCAGCACUCAAGUCGCUCAGCGAUGGCUUCUGAAGCAAAGCCAGGCAGGCGCGCAGGCACUCAAGCAAGCACGGUCACGGGCAGCAUGCCAGCUCACAAGCGCUUUCCAAUCAACCAGCAAGGCAGGCAGGCGACAAGGCAUCUGCAGUGGGGCUCCUGGACGAUCCUUGCCCUUGCAGUGCUGCCCCUGUGAUGCCUGCACCAUUCUUCGUGGCCCUAUGGGCCUCGUCACUCGUCCCGUCAUUGACGCACGCCUUGCCAUGGCAUCCGGGGCACGGGAUAGUCGCCUCGGGGGCAUCACCUCAGCAGGUCAGGUCCCCGUAGUUGGGAGGUAUCCUGAUGCACAGUGCACACGAAGGGCGUUUUAUGUGUAAGACAUUCUGUCUCUGUGUCACUAGUCUGUAUAUUUGAGCCCCUUGGUGUGUUGUGUACUACAAAGAUAAAAAUAACCUGAGGAU